CAAACCAUAGGCCAGCACUGUGGAUUCAGAGCAACCUCGUCCCAACACCACAGCUUCACCACUGUCCCCAGGUGCUCCAGUGACACAUCUGGAGUUGCUUCCUGUCCCGGCCAGGGCCCAGCCGCCAUGACACACACGCCAGUGGAGGAAUCCCUCUUCCAAAUCAUCCGCUGCUACUGUCAGUAUGCGGCCCGGGAGGGGGAUGUGGAGACACUGUCCCUGGAGGAGUUGAAGGCUCUGCUUCUGGACAAUGUACCCUGCUUCAUGGAGAGCCUGGGCCGGAAGGAGCCCUACUACAUCUCGGAGCUGUUCCGGGCUGCAGACAAGAACAAGGACAACCAGAUCGGCUUCGACGAGUUCCUGUUGGUGCUGGGCCGGCUGCUGACGCACUACCACCUGCUGCACCGCCGGCAGCUGUGUGCCCGCUACUGCACCCGGCACAGCCUGCACUAGGGGCCUCCGUCCGCACCUGCCCCUGCGCGGCUGCAGGGCUCUGGGCACACGCGUGUGCAACGCACAGCCGUGAGGGAAGAGAAUAAAGCAAUCCCACAGA